UAUCUCAAGAUUUGGCCCACGGAAGUGGGGGUGGGGGAAUGCCCGAGUAGGUCCUUGACAAGCUCUCCGCCUAGGUACAGUAUUUACAGCCCGGGCCUCGGCUCUUCAAGUCUACGCUGUAUACUCUUUGCAGGCCCGUACCCGAUUCUCUAUUGAAGCAGUACCAGUGCACAGAAGGACAAUCAGGAUCAAAGACUACGCACGCAAACGAUUUGAUUGACUAUCUCAACGUCAUGGACUCCCUACCAGAGAAGGAUAUCCCCACAAAAGCGAUAGUGGUUCAGAAACCUCAUGCACCAUUCGAGCUCCGGGAUGUGAUACUCGACGAGGUUCGGGCUCAUGAGGUGCUUGUGCAGAUGAAGUUUACGGGGAUUUGCCACACUGAUCUUGUGGUGCAAGAUGGUGACAUUCCUGUCGGCUCAUAUCCAGCAGUACUCGGCCAUGAGGGUGCAGGUAUCAUCCGCAGAGUGGGAAAAGACGUCCAAGAUCUGCAUGUCGGUGAUCUCGCAUUACUCAGCUUUGCGUCUUGCAUGAGCUGCUCGGUGUGCAAAGAAGGCCGUAAAGGAUCGUGUGCGGAAUUCACCUACAUCAACUUUGUUGGUGCGCGAGGCCCCGAGAGUUCACCGAUAAGGUUACCAGACGGACAACGUGUUCGGGGGCAAUUCUUUGGACAGUCAUCGUUCAGCGAGCUUGCAGUUGUGGAUGCCAGAUCGGUCGUCAAGUAUAGUGGUGAGGAGAAGGACUUGUCAUUUCUAGCUCCUCUGGGUUGCGGGUACAUGACAGGAGCUGGAACGAUACUCAACGUACUCAAACCUCGUACAACAAGCAGCGUGGCUGUCUUUGGACUUGGUGCCGUCGGUCUGGCGGCAAUCAUGGCAGCGAAAAUGGAGGGAGUUCAGGAGAUUAUCGCGGUUGACAUUGUUACUUGGAAACUCGAAAUGGCUACAAAACUUGGAGCAACGCAUACCAUUGACCCGAAGCAGGGCGACUUUCUCGAUGCAGUCCACAAAAGGUGUCCGGACGGCAUCGAGUACAUUGUUGACACGACCGGGUCAAUCUCAAUGAUCAACAAUGGCAUCAAGGCGCUCGGCCAUGCAGGCACGCUGGCUCUGGUUGGCGUUCCGAAGCCAACAGAUCAGAUCGAGGCCAAUGCAAUUGACAUUUUGAGUUCAUGUAAAAGAAUCAUUGGAGUCAUUCUGGGUUCUACCGAUCCUCAAGAGUUCCUACCACGUCUUUUGGACAUGGUCCAGUCCGGUUCAUUUCCGGUCAAUCUGCUGUCUGCCGUCUACCCGGCGAAAGACGUGAACCAGGCGAUAGCCGAUAUGAAGGCUGGAAAGGUCAUAAAACCUGUGUUGGCAUGGUAGUGCAUCUUCCAAGACGAUGGCCAUGCUCGGUCAAAGCCGAUCGUCAAGAUGGUGUUCCU